AUGGCAGAAGCCCUGAACAAUAGCCAUUCUUCUGGCAAGGGUUUAAUAAGACGGCUCUCCAAUCGCGCAAGUAAAUUUGCCAGGACUCGACGUCAGUCGGCGGCGGCGCCUAUGAGACGGGAAGGAAGCAUAGGUCCUGGAAUUCUCCGGCGUAGGAGUGACAGCACCAACACGGCCCCUGCGGCGGAGUCUGUUUUGUUGACGGAUUCCGACGACGAGUUCCACGACGAGAUGAACGAGCCUAGCUCGAUCUAUGGCGCGGAGAGUAUGGUACGGGAUUUUUCUUCGGGAAGCGGUGCUCCGUCGCUAGCAGGUUCUGCAUCAUUUAUAGAUGCUCCUACCGGGCCCGUCGUACCCAUGGCGUUAGUGAAAGGGACUGUUCUUGAGAAGAUAUCCAGGAAGAAAAGGUCGAAGCGGCUCUUCAUUCUCGAGGCCGCCGCCGGUAAGGUAAUCUGGGAGAAAGGCCGUACCACCAAGUGUAUCUAUAUCGAUGACAUCAAGGAGGUCAGGAUAGGUUCCGACAUCCGGCAGUAUCGGAUUGACUAUGGCAUCUCAGAAUCCGACGAGGGUCGCUUCUUUACUAUCUUCUACGCAGUUCCUGACAAGUCUAGGAGCAAGACAAUGCACUUGAUCGCCCCAGAUGAGGAGACGUUCGCGCAUUGGGUUAAUGCUCUGGAUCUAAUAUCGAAGCACCGAGAGGUACAUAUGGCCUCGCUGAUGGCAUUCAAUGACAGUGCCAUCCGUGGAUAUUGGAAUGAACACUCGCCAGCUCUGGAGGAGAUGGACUUCCCGGGUGUUGAACGCGUUUGCAGAAAUCUCCACAUCCACAUGGCCCAGAGGGAUCUCCGUGCCAAGUUCGCCAUUGCUGACACCACCAGGUCUGGGCGACUAAAUUUUUCCGAGUUCCAGGUAUUCGUCCGCGAGAUGAAACGAAGAGAAGAUAUUCGACUGCUGUAUCUCAAGCUGGCUUCAGAUGCAGAGCGGGGAAUCACAUUCGUAGAGUUCUUGCGGUUCUUACGGGACGAACAAUGCGAAGACGUCGAUAGCAAUCCUAGCUUCUGGGAGAAUAAGUUCCUCCGUUGGGCUCGCCGAGCUGGCGGAUCUAGGGCGGAGACUGCGUCGUUUCGGCGCCUCGACAAGGACUCGGCCACAAUGAACGAGCAAGCUUUUGCGGCCUAUCUAACAUCAAAAGACAACUUCCCACUUGUGCGCCCGCCGUCCGAGUACUCGCUCGAUCGACCCUUCAAUGAGUAUUUCAUCUCUAGUUCUCAUAACACCUAUCUAGUUGGCCGUCAGAUUGCAGAUGUCGCCUCCGUCGAAGGUUAUAUUUCGACUCUUGUCCGUGGUUGCCGUAGCGUCGAGAUCGAUUGCUGGGAUGGAUCUGAUGGCCAGCCUAUAGUCAAGCACGGAUAUGCCAUGACAAACGCCAUUUCGUUCCGCGAGGUGAUCAACACCGUCAAUAAGUACGCAUUUGCCGCAAGCCACUUCCCACUAUGGGUGUCGCUCGAAGUUCAUUGCAAUGGACCACAGCAAGAGGUCAUGGCCGACAUUAUGAAAGAGAUAUUUGGUCCUCGCCUUGUGACUGAACCCUUGGACCCAUCCUCGAAUCAGCUCCCGUCGCCCACGGAACUAAAAGAAAGGAUACUGAUUAAGGUAAAGGGGACGCAUCGAAGCGCCACGCGUAACGGCGGUGAGACUACAGGUCGUCGACGCGGCAACAGCCUAACAUCUCCUUUCUCGAAGCCGGUAUCCUCUGACAACGCAUCUAUUCCAACUCAAUUUUUAUCAAGUCCGCUCCUCGCUCCUACCGGUCAACCCCGACGUGGUGUGCCAGCAAAGCGUGUAGAUACCAUCAAUGAGGGUGAGGUUCACGACACGGUUAGUAGCAGCACAAGCGAAUGCGACAGCGAAGAAGAGAAGCGCGGCAAAAAGAAAACGAGCAAGAUUGUCAAGAGUUUAGGCGAGCUCGGUGUCUACUGCAGUGGCAUCAAGUUCCAUGGCUUUGAAUCGGCAGAAUGCAAGAAGAGCAACCAUAUCUUGUCCUUUAUGGAAGGCACAUUUAGGAGGCACUCCAAGGCUUCGGAUUCCAAGUUGGCCUUGGCCCGCCACAAUAUGCGCUAUAUGAUGCGUGUAUAUCCCCAAUACUCCCGUCUAUCUUCUGACAACUUUAAUCCUCUGAUGUACUGGCGGAGGGGCGUGCAGAUGGCUGCACUCAACUGGCAGACCUUUGACCUUGGCAUGCAGUUGAAUCAAGCCAUGUUUGACGGCGGCACUGAUCAGUCCGGAUAUGUCCUGAAGCCUGCGUCGAUGCGCGAGAUACGCAUACUCCCCGACGGCCUCCCUCUGGAAGCCAUUGGAAAAUUGGAACGCCAAAACAUGUCCUUUGACAUCAAUAUAAUCUCGGCGCAGCAACUCAUUCGUCCUUCCAGCCUGGGCUCUAGCCGCACUCUUGAUCCGUACGUCGAGAUCGAGAUCUUUCACACCAACGAUAAGAGGGACAAGCAUGACAGCAUGGCGGGCAUACCCAUACAUACAGACACUCCACUCAAGUCAACUACGUCCAUUGUUAAAGAAAAUGGGUUCAAUCCCGUUUUUAAUCACAAGGCUCAUUUCAACGUCACGACUAAGCACCCCGAAUUGCUCUUUGUCAGAUUUAGCGUCAGGCUUUCCACUGACGGCGAGUAUUCGACUGGUCGCAGUGCCCUUAUCGCAACUUACACAGCAAAACUUGCUAGCCUCAAACAGGGUUAUCGAACCUUGCCGCUACUAGAUUCUAACGGGGACCAAUACCUCUUCUCGACCCUGUUCUGCCAUAUCAAAGUUGACCCUACGACCAGUGUAUACGUGUCAAAAGUAUCCGAGAGCAACGGUGGAGAGGCCGCUGUCGGCAAGUUAAAGCAUAUUGGUCGGAAUGUGUUUAACAGAUCGACUGCUAACAGCACGAAAUCGAGCUUUGAAAAGAGCGUCGACGGUGAUACAUAA